AUGAGCACAAAGUACACAGUGGUGACACUAAAAAGUGUUUUCAACAUCAACAGGUUCAAGCAGGCAAUCCAAACCAGUGGCUACGUCGACAAGGAUGGAAAAGCCCACUGCAUCUCCCCACUGCUCUAUGAGACAGGUGUCAUCCCUCUGGAGGUUUCUGCAGACAGCGGGCUGAACUUUCCGUACUCUGGAACUUGGCUAUCAGUACAUCACAGCAAAGUUUCAGAUGGAGAAAAAUGCACAUUGGUCAAUCAGACAAAAUGGCAAUACUAUGGCACCCACAACACGGAUGGAAACUUAACUCUCACCUGGAUGCAGCAGGCACUUGCAGCAAGCCACAUCAACAUAGAAGUCUGGGGAUACCAGGAAACAGGUGACAGUUACUCAGAAAAUUGGUUGGCUGAAUGGAAGUAUCUUUAUACUUUGGCAAGAGAUAUACCCAAUAGUGGGAAAUUUUCUUUCAUUCCUGAACCAGCUAAAGGAGAUUACAGCACGUGGGACUUUGGAAUUUUGAGGAUUACACCCAGAAAUUAUUCUGAUGGGCAGAGGCAAGUUGUCACCAUCUUAAUUUAG